UCGGUCUUUCUACGAUCUCCCAUAUCAAUUGACCUAUUCCUAGAACACCGGUCAAUUUCUCCGAACCCCUUCCACCGGCCACCCACGCCCGUCGGCUUCCAAGCACCGACCAGAGAAAAAAAAACCCUUUCUCCGAUCCCACACCGAGCUAUCUAUCCAUCGCAAUCAUGUCUGCUCCUCAGUUCUGGUCGACUCCUAUCCGCUACAUGCGCUGGGCCGCCCACGAGAAGCCCGCCAUCUUCUACUCCCUCAUCAUCGGCUCCAUGGGUCCGGUCGCAUUGGUGACCAUUCCCCCGAUCAGACGCUACUUCGGCUCCUACGACCCCGAGCCUGUUCCCUUGACAUAUCCCAUCCCCGCCGGUCCCCGGGUCAUCCCGCAGGGUUACGAUGACGAGUAAAUCUCCCAUAUAACACACAAGAUACAACAGCAAUGCAAUACCGUUUCCGUUUUCUUCUUCCAAUUUGCGAGGUUUCAAGUUCGGGGUUCGUCAUCAUUAGCUAGGUUUUAGGUCUCAAGCAAGCAAUUCGCGAGGGGGGGAGGGUGAGGAUGCCCUCGCGGCCGGAGAGCUAUCAGCAACGUGAACGCGCCAUUCGAGGCUCAGGUGGACAGUCUAGGCAAGCUGGUCGAGGGGCAUUGGAGUCAUAUCACGGGAUCUCUGGUCUGGCGAUGACGGAGCUUCCUCAACCCGAUGUCAGCAUCCAUUCCCGCUUCGUUUAUUGGUUGGGUGCCCCCCAUGGCUUGCUAGACAUAGUGGUGGGUGUGAGCGUUACAAUGUACUGUACAUGAGAAGAUGUCUUACUGAGCAGAGAGAUUGAGGAAUGUCUUGUUCAAGCAAAGAUUUUUUUUUAUUGUACAAGAUGUUAUUAUUCGCCAACUCAC